CACGGAAUCAAAUUUUGAAACGCCGAGAAACUCCGUUGGACUGACUGCCCAAUCUUUAGCCACUCCCUCCCUGCUCAAAUCGAGUUUGUGGGCGAGCAAAUUGGGCAAAGUGGAAACUCUGGUUCUAUCGUCUUUGUAUCAUCACUCAACCUCUUCCGACAGUAUCGAUCAACAUGGUUCGAUACGCUGCUGCCUCCAUCGCGAGCGCCAACCCUGAGAAAUUCGCCAAAGCUCGGGGCGAGUAUGUUCGAACUCACUUCAAGAACAUGCGGGAAGUUGCCGCUGCUCUCAACGGCAUGAACUUGAAAAAGGCCUACACCUACCUUGGAGAUGUUCAGGAGCACAAGCAGAUCAUUCCUUUCCGCAGACACGCUGGAGGUAUCGGACGAGCUUCCCAGGCUAAGCAGUUCAAGACCACCAAAGGUCGAUGGCCCGAGAAGUCUGUCAAAUACAUUCUCCGAUUGUUGAAGAAUGCCGAGUCCAACGCCGACGCCAAGGACCUCGACGUUGAUGAGCUCGUCAUCAAGAACAUUGUCGUCAACCAGGCUCCCAAAACCAGGAGGAGGACAUACCGUGCCCACGGUAGAAUCAACCCCUACCAAGGACACCCCUGCCACAUUGAAAUCUUCCUCUCCACCCCCUCCGUCGAGAUCCCCCGUGCGAAGGACUUGGACGUUGCGGCCGGCUCAUCUCGCAAGGGAAAGAAGGUGGCUGCUAUUGAGGCUUAGGAUGUACAGCAUGGCUAUCUCAUGCAUGAUGGGUGACGCAAACCA